AUGAGUAACAGGAAAGCGUCGUUUGUUAACAGCCUAACCACGGAUAAGGGACCAUUCGAUGUGGGUUCUAUGAAAUCAGGUUCUUUUGAUUUGGGAAAAAAGAAUAGAAGAUAUUCCCGGAUAAUUUCUGUUGGGGAUGGGUCUGUGAACGCUGGAUAUGUUGAAGAUAGCACCGAGAAAAAUGUGUCCGGCGACUUCGGGCUUCUUCGGAGGGACAUGAUUCCCGAUGGACAGCCGGAGAGGAGUGAAGUGGUGGAUAAUAAUACAAUCUAUCUAUCUAUCUAUCUAUCUAUCUAUCUAUCUAUCUAUCGAAAUCUGUUUAUUUGUUUGUGUUCAUUUAUAUCUAUAUGUGUUCAUAUCUAUCUAUCUAAAUGUGUUCAUUUCUAUCUAUCUAUCUAUCUAUCUAUCUAUCUAUCUAAGUUUAUUCAUAUCUAUCUGAAUCUGCUCAUAUCUAUCUACCUAUCUAUCGAAAUGUGUUUAUUUCCUUCUAUCUAUCUAUCUAUCUAUCUAUCUAUCUAUCUAUCUAUCUAUCUAUCUAUCUAUCAGUGUUCAUUUCUAUCUAUCUAUCUAUCUAUCUAUCUAUCUAUCUAUCUAUCUAUGUUCAUUUCUAUCUAUCUAUCUAUCUAUCUAUCUAUCUAUCUAUCUAUCUAUCUAUCUAUCUGA